CACUUCCCUCUGCCCUCCUCUUCCCUCAGGGCCGUGCGGGGCUGGGCCGCGCCGGUGUGUGCCCCGCCUCAGCGGCCCCGGUCCGCACGCGGGCGCCUGCGGGUAACCGCUACAGGCAGGUCAGAGGUACCCCUGCUGUUAGCCACAAGAGAAGUGAACCUUUUUCCUGCCUUCUGUGAGCAAAGCUUUCUGACCUCCAGUUGUGCCAGAGGAAUGCUCAGGGAAUCUGUUCUGGUCUUUCCAGCUCUUGGCCAGUAAUCAGUCCCUGCAGCUGUUCAGUUUUGAGUAAAAAGGAUAUUUAAAUGUCUUCAGAAGAUAAAGAAGCUCAGGAGGAUGAGCUGCUGGCUCUGGCUAGCAUUUAUGAUGAAGAUGAGUUCAAGAGAGCGGAGUCUGCCCAAGGAGGAGAAACAAGAAUUUGUCUGGAAUUGCCACAAAACUUCAAAAUUUUUGUGAGUGGUAGUUCCACGGAGAGCCUUCAGAUCAGCAGGUUCGAAUACACCGUUUGCUUCCUGCCUCCCCUUGUGCUGAACUUUGAGCUCCCACCAGACUACCCAUCAGUCUCCCCACCCGUGUUCACCCUUAGUGGGAAAUGGCUCUCACAAGCCCAGCUCAGUGCCCUUUGCAAACACUUGGACAAUGUAUGGGAAGAGAAUCGAGGCUGCGUGGUCUUGUUCGCUUGGAUGCAGUUUCUGAAGGAGGAAACCUUGAGUUACUUGAAUAUUUCCUCCCCUUAUGAGCUAAAAAUGUGCCAUCAAGGGAGUGGGCAGAGUAGGACACCUUUGGUUGGCCCUGAGGAGGACAGUGGUGGAGCAGCAGGCUCUGCUGCAGCUGAAGGAGAACUCAUUGAUGCAAGAGCCAUACAGGAUGUAGAGUCCUUGUCAAGCCUGAUUAGGGAGAUCUUGGACUUUGACCAGGCUCAGAGGAGAAAGUGCUUUAACAGCAAAAUGUACCUGUGCAAUAUCUGCUUCUGUGAGAAGCUGGGCAGCGAGUGCAUGUACUUCAGUGAGUGCAGCCAUGUCUACUGCAAAGCCUGCCUGAAGGACUACUUUGAAAUACAGAUCAGAGAUGGGCAGGUCCACUGCCUCAACUGUCCAGAGCCGAAGUGUUCUUCUGUUGCUACUCCUGGCCAGGUGAAGGAGCUGGUUGGGGAGGAGCUGUUUGUACGCUAUGACCGCCUGCUGCUGCAGUCCAGCCUGGACCUGAUGGCAGACGUUGUCUACUGCCCUCGCCCCGGCUGCCAGACACCGGUCAUGCAAGAACCAGGCUGUACCAUGGGCAUCUGCUCCUGCUGCAACUAUGCUUUCUGUACUCUUUGCAGAAUGACCUAUCACGGGGUCUCUCCCUGCAAAGUUACUGCAGAGAAAUUAAUGGAUUUACGAAAUGAGUAUUUAGAAGCAGAUGAAGCAACCAAAAGAUUUUUGGAACAACGUUAUGGUAAACGAGUGAUUCAGAAAGCCUUGGAGGAAAUGGAAAGUAAAGAGUGGCUGGAGAAGAACUCCAAGUCCUGUCCUUGCUGUGGUACUCCAAUAGAGAAGCUAGAUGGCUGUAACAAGAUGACAUGCACUGGCUGCAGGCAGUACUUCUGCUGGCUUUGUAUGGGCUCCCUGUCAAGGGUGAACCCCUACAGGCACUUCCAUGACCCAUCUUCCCCAUGCUUUAACAGGUUGUUUCAGGCCAUGCACACUGAUGGUGAGUUCUGGGAAGACGAAGAUGAAGAUGAGUAGCUUCCUCUAGCAACAAAAGCUGAACAAACCAGAGAUGCUUCCCAUUUGUGUCAAGUUUGUUUGCUUCUCACUUCCAUUGUGUGACAGAAGAAUUGAUAACUACCUUGCACUGCAGGAUACCACCCUUUAGAGGCUGUUACCAAAACCAAAGGAGACCAUUUUACCCAUCCUGUGCUCAGGGUCACGGUGGAAGGCCCUAAUCAUCAUCUCAAGAGAUGCAACCAGUCACAAGUUGGGAAAUUACUGGAAAAAUACAUACUAAGAAAUGUCCCUUUUUCAAAAGCAAACAAAACUGAAGGCCCACAUCACAGACGUUUUGGGGAGGUAAGGGUCCUUCAGGGAGACUGCUCACCUUCCCAGGAUCUAGUCUGGCAUCCCUGGUGGGGUUUAAUGCAGUUGUGUCAUAGCUGUGUUGCUCUCUCUAGAGCUGUUGCUGAUGCUGCUUGCACAGGGAAGUUUUCUGAUACAGAAAAUUCCUCCUAUGUUCAGCAACUCAUUUUGUUGCUUUUGUGGCAUUUCAUGCCUCAUUGCUCUGGACAGCAGGUUCUUGCUCUGUCACUGAUACCUUGUGGAGGUGUUAACAUCCCUAGCUCCCAUCUUGCUGGCUGUAGUGUCUGGGUCUUUGCUUUGCUGACUGUGAGAGCAGAAGUGACCAGCAGUCGUCUCCAGGAUCAGUUUGAGGACUCAUCUCAGUAUUGCUGUUGUGUUCUCACCUUAUUCUAACAAUGAUGAGUGCUAAGGCCAUGAGCAGAGCAUUUGCCCAGCAAGAGGGUGAGGGAUACCAGAUCUUGAAAGACAUAUUUAUAUUGAGGUUGACUUGGAUUCUUCAAGAUACUGAGAGCUACCUUCUCAGAUGAUGAAGUAAUUUAUUUUCUACUAACUCUUCAUAGAUUAAAUCUGAUAGUUCUAGGAAAAGUUGGUAGCUUUGUUUCUGAACUAGAUCCUUUUAUUUUCAGUGUCCUUGCAACUCAAAAUAUUUGAAGGGCCAAAUUGUUCUCCCACUAAAAGCUCAGUAUUUUUGUGAGCAUUAAGUAACUAUUGGAGGGAACCACUCAUUUUUUAAAGUUUUUUCCACUUGCAGAACCAUGGAAAAAAAAGGCAUUUUAAAAUGAAAUCUGCAUAUACCAUGCUCAGAAUAAAGAAUGGAGAUGGGGUAGCUCAGGAACUGGAAGGCUUUUCAGAAACUCAAGGUGAUCAUCUUUCAUUCAGUUUUGAUUGACACUAAAUAAAUUUGAUACUAAACUUGGCUCUGGCCAAAAUCAGCUGAUUGAGCUCCUUUCACAGACAAUCAGAGCCUGUGCUGUUAGACAUGGCAGUGAUUGCAAAGAGAAGAGCUGGUGAAGGUGGAUCUCUUGGCUUGCUGUAGGCUGUAGGACAGCAUGUAGGGAAAGUUUACAUUUGUGUAUAACUCAAAUUGUGUUUCCUGCACCUUUCACAUGCACUAAAUUCACUUUACGACAGUGAA